AUGAAGAGGUGAUGGAGACUUCAGUCUGCCAAUCACCGGGCAGGUGGGCGGGAUCACGCGGCGCCCCGUUCACCUGACAGCUAGACAGUAUGCGCGUGCUGUAGUAAUCCUGUCCUGAAUGUCAGUAGGUGCGAUACUGAGACCUGACAGCAGCUGUUCUCUCACUGUUUCCUUCCUCUCAGACUUUAUCGAUACACACUCCCUGACAAAACAGCCAGCAGGGAAAGUCUCCAGGUCGCUUUUACUGUUUGUGGGCAUGGAACAUGUGCGGAAGGAGGCGAAGGAUAAUCCGUCGGCUUCAGCUAAUCUUCUCUCCAAGAUUUUCUUCUGACAGCUUGUCCCCGGGAUGUGAUGGCAGGUGGCGAGCAUCCGUCCGUGGAGACACGAACCAUAAUGAGGAGAGAGCUCAGGAUGUUUCGGUGUCAAUGUGUUAACCCACAAGCAGAGUUGUGCAGAGUAAUUCUACUGUAAUGUUUCAGUAGGGAGUUGGUUGACUCCCUUGUUCAGAAUUGGAUACAAGAGGAAGUUGGAGGAAGAUGACAUGUAUAACGUGCUUCCUGAGGAUGCAUCAGAUAGACUCGGGGAGGAGCUACAAUGGUACUGGGACAGAGAAGUUCAACAGGCGGCAAAAGAUCUGCGCCCACCCAAACUCAGCAAAGCGCUUGUUCAGUGCUAUUGGAAAUCAUACUCAUUUAUUGGAAUGUACAUUUUUAUAGAGGAGGUUAUCAAAGUCAUUCAGCCGGUGCUACUAGGGAAAAUAAUUGAGUACUUCGAGAGUUAUGACCCCAGUAACACGGCUGCAGUCUACGAGGCCUACAGCUAUGCUGCAGGCAUCUCACUGUCCACUGUCAGCUUGGCCAUUCUUCAUCAUCUCUAUUUCUACCAUGUCCAGCGGGCAGGCAUGAAGAUUCGUGUGGCCAUGUGCCACAUGAUCUAUCGGAAGGCUCUUUGUCUUAACAGCAAAGCGUUUGCCAAAACUACCACAGGACAAAUUGUAAACCUCUUAUCCAAUGAUGUCAACAAAUUCGAUGAGGUAACCUUGUAUUUGCACUUUUUGUGGAUUGGUCCUCUACAAGCAGCAACCGUGAUAGUGUUGUUGAUGUAUGCGAUUGGACCAUCGUGCCUUGCAGGAAUGGCCGUCUUCUUUAUCCUAAUGCCAAUUCAGACUUUAUUUGGACGGUUGUUCUCUACUCUAAGGGCUGAAACAGCGGUUUUAACCGAUGACAGAAUACGCACGAUGAAUGAAGUCAUCUCUGGGAUCCGUGUUAUAAAGAUGUAUGGGUGGGAGAAGCCUUUUGCUGCUUUGGUCGAUGAGGUCAGAAGAAAGGAAAUCUCCAAAAUCAUGAAAAGCUCCUACUUGCGAGGCCUGAACAUGGCGUCUUUCUUUGUGGCCAUCAAGAUCAUCGUCUUCAUCACUGUCCUUGUCUACGUACUGACAGGAAACCAGUUGUCUGCUAGUAAAGUCUUUAUGGCAGUUUCUCUCUACGGAGCGGUCAGACUCACCAUCACGCUCUUCUUUCCCUAUGCCAUCGAGAAGGUCUCUGAGUCUCUCAUCAGCAUUAGAAGGAUAAAAAGUUUUCUUCUGCUGGAUGAAAUAGACCCUCAGCAUCAGUGGCUUCCUGUGGCAGAGAAGAAGGACUGUAUGGUGAAGAUUCAGGAUUUAAUAUGCUACUGGGAUAAGAUGCUAGAGGCUCCAACUUUACAGAACGUGUCUUUCACAGUGAAGCCAGAGCAGCUCCUGGCAGUGAUUGGACCUGUUGGCGCUGGAAAGUCUUCUCUCCUCAGUGCCAUCCUGGGAGAACUGAGUCAGGAGAGUGGCGUGGUCAAGGUCAGAGGAGAGCUGACAUAUACAUCUCAGCAGGCCUGGAUUUUACCUGGCACGAUUCGAAGCAACAUCCUUUUUGGCAAAACACUCAACCCCCAGAAGUAUGAAAGAGUUCUGAGAGCCUGCGCCCUCAAGAGAGACAUGGACCUAUUGCCAGGUGGUGACUUGGCGAUGGUUGGGGACAGAGGGGCCAACCUCAGUGGAGGCCAGAAGGCAAGGGUCAGCUUGGCAAGAGCAGUUUAUCAGGACGCAGAUAUCUACCUUCUGGAUGACCCACUCAGUGCUGUGGACGCUGAAGUGGGAAAGCACCUUUUCGAAGAGUGCAUUUGCGGACUUUUGAGGAAGAAGCCUCGUAUCUUGGUCACUCAUCAGCUCCAGUAUCUGAAGGCUGCAGAUGAAAUUCUGGUCUUAAAGGAGGGUCAGAUGGUGGCACGAGGGACCUACAGUGAGUUGCAGGGCUCUGGACUAGACUUCACCUCCCUGCUUAGUAAAGAGGAGGAGGUCCAGGAGGAAGAGAGGCGGGGCACGACCCCCAUCUCUAUCGCCCACUCACUCUCCUCUAUGUCCUCACUGGCCUCCUCCAAGUACUCUUUGAUUGAGGGAGCAGAUCCACUGCCGGUGGUAGUGCAACCAACGGAGGAAGAACACCGCUCAGAGGGGAACAUCGGCCUGCGUAUGUAUGUCAAGUAUUUCAAGGCUGGCGCUAACUUCCUGGUGCUCUUGGUGCUCGUUUUACUCAAUGCUCUGGCACAUAUAACAUUUGUUCUACAGGACUGGUGGCUUGCUUGCUGGGCCUCUGAACAGACGCACAUCAAUGUGACAGGGCACCUCAAUGGCAGCUUCCCUCAGCAGCUGGACCUUGACCUGUACCUAGGUGUUUACGCAGGGUUAACAGCUACUUCUGUAGUGUUUGGCUUCCUCCGUAGCUUGCUCUUCUUUAAUGUCCUGGUGAGCUCGGCCCAAACCCUGCACAACAGCAUGUUUGACGCCAUCCUCCGGACCCCAGUGCACUUUUUUGAUGUCAACCCGAUUGGAAGAAUCCUCAACAGGUUUUCGAAGGACAUCGGUUACCUGGACUCUCUGCUCCCAUGGACGUUUGUGGACUUUAUCCAGGUACUUCUCCAAGUCAUUGGGGUGAUCGCAGUGGCUGCCGUCAUCAUCCCCUGGAUCCUCAUUCCUGUCGUUCCCCUUCUUGCUGUCUUCCUGUUUCUGCGAUGUUACUUCCUACAGACCUCUAGGGACAUCAAGCGACUUGAGUCUACCACUCGGAGUCCUGUAUUCUCCCACCUUUCGUCCUCUCUCCAAGGCCUGAGCACCAUUCGUGCCUUCAAGGCUCAGCAGAGGUUUCAGCAAAUGUUCGAUGACUAUCAAGAUCUUCACUCAGAGGCCUGGUUCUUAUUCCUGACCACUUCUCGCUGGUUCGCUGUACGUCUUGAUGGAAUUUGCUCCAUUUUUGUCACCGUCACUGCUUUUGGCUGCCUUUACCUCAGGGAUGGACUGGAACCAGGUGCGGUUGGUCUGGCUCUGUCUUAUGCCAUGACGCUUACGGGGAUGUUCCAGUGGGGCGUCAGACAGAGUGCAGAAAUCGAGAACAUGAUGACAUCAGUGGAGCGAGUGGUGGAGUAUGCAGAGCUGGAGAGUGAAGCACCCUGGCAGACGGACACACAGCCUCCGCACGACUGGCCCAAGACAGGCUCCAUCACCUUUGACAGAGUCAACUUCUCCUACAGCGCCAGUGAGCCUCUGGUCCUGAAGAACCUCACUGUCGUCUUCACAUCCAGAGAAAAGGUUGGCAUCGUUGGACGCACCGGUGCUGGUAAAAGCUCCCUGAUCUCUGCCUUGUUCCGGCUGGCAGAACCUGAGGGAAGAAUAAUGAUCGAUGGUUUUCGGACUUCUGAGAUUGGUCUGCACACCCUGCGGCAGAAAAUGUCCAUCAUCCCACAGGACCCAGUUCUCUUCACGGGCACCGUGAGGAAGAAUCUGGACCCUUUCAGGCAGCACACAGAUGAGGACCUGUGGAAUGCACUCCAAGAGGUGCAGAUGAAGGCCGUGGUGGAGGACCUUCCCAAUAAGCUGGAGACGGUGCUCAUGGAGUCAGGCUCGAACUUCAGCGUGGGCCAGAGGCAGCUGGUGUGCCUGGCCAGGGCCAUCCUCCGGAAAAACCGCAUCCUCAUCAUUGAUGAGGCCACAGCCAAUGUGGACCCAAGAACUGACAGCCUCAUCCAGCAGACUAUCCGGGACAAGUUUCACGAGUGUACAGUCCUCACCAUUGCUCACAGGCUCAACACUAUCAUUGACUGUGACAGAAUACUGGUUCUGGCUGCCGGGAGGAUCCAGGAGUAUGACCAGCCGUAUGUGCUGCUCCAGAACCAGGAUGGGCUCUUUUACCAGAUGGUCCAACAGACAGGCAGAGCUGAGGCCGCCUCCCUGCUGCACACAGCCAAACAGGUUUACGUGAACAAAAAACGAGCGACAGACGUGCGCCAUGCCAAGGACAUCCACGUCAUCUUUGAGACAUCUCUUUGACAGUUUGGAGAGCGGCUGCGCCCCCUCGCGCUUGCCAUCACUGACCAGAUCUUUUCACCUGACGUACUUAGAUUCCUUACUGUGUAUUAAAACGUCCUUAGACUCCCAGCAGGCAGAAUGUAGUGUGUGCUGCUUUUGACUGGCAUAGUAUCCGAGGCAGGAUGUGCCUCUAUUGACAGCAUAUUACUGCUCGGCUUUUUAUUGAUUACACCCUGCUAUGUUUAUGUAUGUGUGUUCUGGCCUCUUGGGUAGCUUCAAUCCUGCACUGGUGCUCAAAAGAGUGCAGAUAUUGGAUGUGUUCAUCCUGGUGCAAUAAAUAACUGGUGGCUUAAAUUAUCCCUUUAAGGCAAACAUUGUUUUGUAGGUCUUUUUAUUAUUUGGAAAAUGCUUAAAAGGACGAGGAGGGCCUGAGAGGAGACACCAAUGUUUUCAGCAAUUAUUGUGCCUUAAUCAGAAUAUUGAUUUGUUGUUGUUGUUUUUUUUGUAAUUGCACUGUUUUUAAUUGAGUAGUCUUGCAGCACUUUGACGAUAGUGGUUUUAUGUCUACCUCAGCUCUUGUCAGCAAAGAACAGUAAAUGUUAAUGAUGAACACAGGAAGUGUUGGACAGACGUUUUAUUGCAUCUGAACAUUUUUCUCUAGGGUAAUUUCAACCUUCUGUCUGUACUCUUGUGAUGAAUGGGCUGUUGUUGCUUCAAAAAUGUGCAUACUUUGGCUAAAACAUUAUAUUUAGUACGUUGUUAUAGCUGUUUAAAGGUGCAAUAUGUAAGAAUUUUAGUUGAAAACAUAAACAAAAUAAUAAUAACCAAAAUUACCUUCAGAAUGGGAAGGAAUAAAUGUUUUGAUGCUUUCUGAAGUUAGCAUGCCAACCAGCUAGCCUAUCCUGGUCCAAAGGUCCUUUGCUAGCGGCGUAAGCAUCAACGCCUCUCAUCGUCCUGACUGCUAGCUGCAUAGCUAACUGAGCUAACUAGCUUACUGCAGCUGCAGUUAGCAGCAAUUAGCGGUUACUCUGGUGACAUGCUGCCCCCUAUUUGUUGUUAGCAUGGACGUAUCAAGAAAUCUGGAUACAGUGUUGGAGAGGGCAACCUGUCAUUCCUAUGAAAGCUGCUCAGUGGCACAUGAAGCUAAAAUCACCCGAAAAGCAUGCGCACUGCUGAUUGAGCAGGCUAACUUCUGGUUAAGUGCCCGGCUAAAUUCAAUGAGGUUACAGUAAUUUGACUGCGCAGCUCUUCUGCCCUUUCGAAGUUUUAUUGGGGCGAAUGACUCAAAUUAUGACAGCUAAACUUGACAUUUUUCGGGGGGUUGUGAUACUCAAUAAAAUACGUGCAUCCACAGUUUGACAGUCGCUUCUCUCAAAUAAGCUUAUGGGAAGAAGUCUUUUUGAGCCACAGUGCAUCGUGUGAUGAUGUAAUUACACGAUUUACACGGCCAUUCCUUAAACUGGCUUCAAAGCCUGGCGCACUUCCUGGGGGCUUGAUUUUGAGUUUGAAUUUGACAGGUUGGCAAUUCUUACAUAUCGUACAUUUAAAAUAUGUGAACUCUUUGUUUUGAAUAUCUUUGUGUCUGGGUUUGUAACACUAUAUUACACACAGUAUUAUUAAAGAUGAUGUUUUAUGGCGUUUGUACAUGAUGAUUAGUCAAAAUGAUCACUUAUUUACACCAAAUGAAAUUCAAAUUCCGUAAUACAAUAAUAAUUUAUUUUAAUAAAAGUAUUUCUUAACUGUU